AUGGCCCACCCGAUCGAGACUGCUGCUGCCAGAAAUGCAAGGCAUCACUCAUCUUCUCUCGCCUUCUUCCCUGCUAUCACCAUCAUCAUUACCACCACCACCACAACUCACUCAUUCACCCAUCCCACCCUCUUCAUCCCUGUGGUGUACUUUGCCACCCUAUCCCACGGGCACCACAUCGGUGUGACUCUCAAGCCAUGGGCAGCUCAGCUCGUAUACCAGCGACGCCCGCUCUGCGGUAACCAAUCCCUCCAGACGGCUUGA